AAUUGCUUGCGCGGAAAAAACUUUGCUUUUUUUAAUUUGUUUUGAGCUACAGCUAGCUGCUCGUCGCCUCGCCUCGGCUGGACUGCGUGCGCGUCCAUCCACUUCGCCAUCUCCAGCUCCAAGUCGGCGCCUUGGGUUUGCCUCCCCCCUCGCCCUCGCCGUCGGCAUUUCAGCACCUCCCCUUGCGGAGCCUUCGAGGUGUUCCCCGAUGGACGACCCCGGCACCGCCGCGCGCAACCACCUCUCGCCGCAGGUCGCCGGCGGCGGGGGGCAGCAGCCGCCGGUGCCCCGCUCACCGACCCCGCUCGACCUCUCCUCGGUCUCGGCGUCCGCGUACCGGCGCCUCUCGCCGUCUCUCCGCCCGCCGGCGCACCCGCAGGUGCGUCUCCCGUCCCCCUACGGCCAGAUCCUCGCGCCGCCGGGCCCCGGCGGCGGGAGCCACCACGCGCGCUCGCUGUCCCAGCCCCUCUUCUUUUCGCUCGAAUCGCUCCCGCCGCCGCCGCCGUACGCCGAUCUGGGUGCGGCGCCCGCUAUACCGCCUUCCCCGCCGUUGUCGAGCUACGACCCGCCGCCGUUCGGGCUACCGCCGAGGAGGGCGGGGCACCGGCGGUCGCAGAGCGACAUCCCCUUCGGCUUCGCCCAGCUCAGCCCGCCGCUGCCGCCGCCGGCGCCGGUGAAGCGCGAGGCGGCCACGGCGGCAGAGGGUUGCAGAUCGGACGGCGACGACGCGGCCUUGUACGACCUCGUCAAUGCCUACAUGGACCUGGACGAGCUGGACCCGCUCAACUCCUCCGAGGAGCGCCACGACGACCGCGACAGCCGCGCGAGCGGCACGCGCGCUGGGAGCGCGGCGGAGAGCAGCGAGAACGAAGCGGAGAGCCAGUCCACGUCAGUAGAGAGGAAGGACGGGGGCAAGUCCCGGCAUUGUCGCAGCCUGUCGAUGGACAGCUUCAUGGGGAAGCUCAACUUCGCCGCUGGUGAUGAGUCACCAAAGCUGCCGCUGCCGUCUCUCAGCGGCGGCCUCACGAGGAGUGGGAGCGGCUCCCUGGAAGGUGGUGCUGUGGCACUGUUUGAUAUGGAAUUUGCAAAUGGAGAGUUCACUGAGGCUGAGAAGAAGAAGAUCAUGGCAAACGAGCGGCUUGCGGAGAUAGCUUUGAUGGACCCCAAGAGAGUCAAGAGGAUUCUGGCAAACCGACAGUCUGCAGCGAGGUCAAAGGAGCGCAAGAUGAGGUACAUUCAAGAGCUUGAGCAUAAGGUACAGGUAUUGCAGACGGAAGCUACUACGCUCUCAGCACAAUUGACAAUGCUGCAGAGGGACUCCACUGGACUGUCCACUCAGAACAAUGAGUUGAAAAUCAGGCUGCAAGCAAUGGAGCAGCAAGCGCAGCUGAGAGAUGCCCUGAAUGAGGCAUUGACUGCUGAGGUCCAGCGUCUGAAACUGGCAACUGGUGAGAUAACCGAUGGCCGUAUGCCGAAGGGCCUACAGCAGCAGAUGAACUCCCAGAUGCUUCAGCUUCAGCAGCUGCAAAUACAGCAGCAGCCAUCACAGCCGCCGCAGCAGCAAGCUCAGCAACAGCAACAGCAGCCACAGAAAUCAGCAUAGAUUUAAUGGGGUCCGGAAAAGGUGGACGAGCACUUUGCAACGAAGCUAAUUAAGUGUUACAAAUUGAAGGCCGACGACGGUGGCAUAGACAUCUGCCGCUGGGGAAAGGAAAACCAAUCUUUUGCGUAUAUCAGACAGGUUGUAGGAUAGCAAUUGUAGGGCGAGAGACGCUCUGUUCCAAGUUGUUUUUGUUUGUUUAAUACCUAGCUGGAGCAUGUUGUCGUCUCGUAUCAUACAUACAUGUGUGAGGCGUCGUGGGGGCGUUCCUGAAGGUUGUCUCCGAGGCGCUUCUGUACUUUGUGCAACAGGGUUAGCUUAUUAAAAGUGUACUGUAACAUUGUAAUUAUCUAUAGCGUACCUUAGUGUCUGUCGAAGUGUUCGCAUGUACGUUGGUAGCUGCUUUUUGGAGGCAGCACAUGGUGGCUGAUUGUUCUGCA